CGCGGGAGCGGGAGCGCGCGCCUGAGCGUCUGCCCAGAGGCCGCAGGCCGCGCAGCGGACUGGCCCCGCUAGGUCCCAGGACUGGUGUCCGGCGCCGCGGCCGCCAAUGGAGCAGCUACUGCGCGCCGAGCUGCGCACCGCGACCCUGCGGGCCUUUGGCAGCCCCAGCGCCGGCGGCUGCAUCAGCGAGGGCCGCGCCUACGACACCGACGCGGGCCCCGUGUUUGUCAAGGUCAACCGCAGGACGCAGGCCCGGCAGAUGUUUGAGGGGGAGAUGGCCAGCCUGGAGGCUCUGCGCAGCACCGGCCUGCUGAGGGUGCCUCGGCCCGUGAAGGUGAUCGACCUGCCGGAAGGUGGGGCUGCCUUUGUGAUGGAGCACUUGAAGAUGAGGAGCUUAAGCAGUCAGGCGUCAAAACUGGGAGACCAGAUGGCCGAGUUGCACCUUUACAACCAGAAGCUCCGGGAGAAGGUGACAAAGGAGGAGAACACAGUGGGGCGGAGGGCUGAGGGUGCAGAUCCCCCCUACGUGAGCAAGUUCGGCUUCCACACAGUGACCUGCUGUGGCUUUAUCCCGCAGGUGAAUGAGUGGCAUGACGACUGGCCAACCUUUUUCACCCAGCACCGGCUCCAGGCGCAGCUGGACCUCAUCGAGAAAGACUAUGGCGACCGAGAGGCACGAGAGCUGUGGUCGAGGUUACAGAUGAGGAUCCCGGCUCUGUUCUGCGGCCUGGAGGUGGUCCCCGCCCUGCUGCACGGUGACCUCUGGUCGGGGAACGCGGCGGAGGACGACGCGGGGCCCGUGGUCUUCGACCCGGCCUCCUUCUACGGCCACUCUGAGUUCGAGCUGGCCAUCGCCCUGCUGUUCGGCGGCUUCCCCAGGGCCUUCUUCGCCGCCUACCACCGCAAGGUGCCCAAGGCGCCGGGCUCCGAGCAGCGGCUGCUGCUCUACCAGCUCUUCAACCUCCUCAACCACUGGAACCACUUCGGGCGCAGCUACCGCUCGGCCGCGCUGGGCGCCAUGCGCAGGCUGCUGGCCUAGCCGCGGGCCGGGACCCCCGCACCCCGCCGCGGCCCAGGUGGAGCCCUCCCGGGAACGGCCUCCGGGGGCGGCCCCGAUACGCGCUAACCCAGGGCAGCACCCCCUAGAGCGGCAGCUGGCGGGGUAGGGGGAGCAGGGGCGCCGAUGGGACACCCGUCCCCUGCCGACCGCGCCGCCAGGGCUGUGCGCGGCCCACUGACCCUGCGUGGCUGACACGCGCACCUGGCCGCGCGCGGCCGCCUUCUCUCGAGGGACGAAGCUCCGGGCACGGCUUGCUCGCAGCAGGUGCAUCCCUGGGACCCCAAUGCUUCCCCCCCCCGGGGGCAGCAGCUCUGCCACUCACCGGGGGCCCCCAGAUCGAGCUGAGGGCUCCCAGCUUCGUCCAGGCCCAGCCCCGGCUGUUGCGGGUAUGUGGGGGGAGGGGUGAUCCAGUGGACAGAGGCUUUCUUUCUCUCUUUGCCUUUCAAAUAAAUAAACCUUAAACAUGGAA